GCCAGAGGGCCACUACAUCCGGUCCCGUCCCAGGCUCUUUGCAGGCAUCUAACAACUGGCACAGGACUUUGGAAUCCGACAGAGUCAAGGAGCGAGAAGGAUUGAUGACUUUUAACUUGGCAGGACAAACACACAUGCAGCGUUCCAGUAAUGAGUUUAUAGGCUGGUUUGUUUGAGGUCGCGCCUUUUGGUUUCCUGGCCAAGAAAGCUAGAAUGAAAGCAAUGGAAGGACACCUGGUGGACACCACAGUUUGGUGAUGACGAACCUUGGAGGAACCCAGGAUUGGACCCACUUCUGUUACCUCACAGCAGCCGAAACUUCUAGAGCAGCACUGGACCAGCACUGAGUGGCAUGUGCACACUGACUGAACUGAACGCCUGCUGAUGUCCAGCCCGCUCUGGAUAUCCUGUGAAAGAUACUCCUUGAUUUGUGUGCUUUGGUGCUGAUGCUGUGGUGGUCCCCCAGCAGGACAGGGGCCAGGAUGAACACAGGUGCAGGACAGCCAGAAAGGACACAAGUACCGUGCACAGGAUGGAUGGACAGAAGGGCAGUGGUCACUGUUUUCGGGAUCAUUUCCCUCAGCUGGAUGUGUCUCCCAGCCUGUGCGCAGAUGAGGAUCCCACCUGAAACUGUGCAGCAGUGGGCCAACACGUUUGGGAAGCAGCUCUCCGCCUUAUCGACCAGAUACUCGGGAUCUCUCCUGCUGCAGAAAAAAUAUAAGGACAUUGAGCCCAUAGUGAAGAUGGAGGAGGUGAACGGCAUGGAGCUGGUGAAGAAGUUUGCUGAAGAGAUGGAGAACAUGCUCGGCAGGAAGAUGAAGUCUGUGAAAAGAAUGGCUGAAGCUGCAGAAGAUGCUGAUUUCUAUCACGAGUACAACGCCACACUAGAGUUCGACUACUAUAACUCCAUGAUGAUAAACACCGUGGAUGAGGAUGGGAACAAUGUGGAGUUGGGUGGAGAGUUUGCACUGGAGGAAAACGAGCACUUCAAUAACCUGCCCGUCAACACACAGCAGAGCGUCAUCCAAGUGCCCACCAACGUCUACAACAAAGAUCCAGAUAUUCUGAACGGCGUGUACAUGUCAGAAGCUCUGAAUGAAGUGUUUGUGAGCAACUUUGACAAGGACCCCACUCUGACCUGGCAGUACUUCGGCAGCUCCACUGGCUUCUUCAGGCUGUAUCCUGGCAUUCAAUGGACACCAGAUGAAAACGGCGUCGUCACCUUCGACGCGAGGAACCGCAACUGGUAUAUUCAGGCGGCCACGUCCCCGAAAGACAUCAUCAUAGUGGUGGACACCAGCGGCAGCAUGAAGGGCCUCAGACUGACCAUAGCCAAGCACACCAUCAACACCAUCCUGGACACCCUGGGGGAGAACGACUUUGUCAAUGUGAUCGCUUACAGUGAUUAUGUCCAGUAUGUGGAGCCCUGUUUUAAAGGUACACUGGUGCAGGCUGAUCUGGACAAUCGGGAGCACUUCAAGCUGUUGGUGGAGGGCCUGCAUGUGAAAGGAGAGGGGAAAGUCAAGAAAGCCAUGAAAGAGGCCUUCCGCAUCCUCAACGAGGCCGUCACGACGGGGAAGGGCAGCCUCUGUAACCAGGCCAUAAUGCUGAUCACUGAUGGUGCGAUGGAGGACUUUCAGCAGGUGUUUGAGGAGUUCAACUGGCCGGAGCGCAGGGUCCGCGUGUUCACGUACCUCAUUGGACGAGAGCUCACGUUUGCUGACAAUGUCAAAUGGAUUGCCUGUAAUAAUAAAGGGUACUACACACACAUCUCCACUCUGGCUGACGUACAGGAGAACGUUAUGGAGUACCUGCACGUUCUCAGUCGACCCAUGGUGAUCAACCAUGACCAUGACAUCAUCUGGACGGAGGCCUACAUGGACAGCGUGCUUCCCAACACAGCUGAGCUGUUUAACACUCAGGCCCAGAGCUUGCUGCUCAUGACCUCAGUGGCCAUGCCGGUGUUCAGCAAGAAAGAGGAGACUCUGUCUCAUGGUAUCCUCCUGGGUGUGGUUGGUACUGAUGUUCCUUUGAAAGAGCUCAUGAGACUGGCUCCUCGAUACAAGCUGGGAGUUCACGGCUACGCGUUUCUGAACACGAACAACGGCUACAUCCUCUCUCACCCAGACCUGCGGCCACUGUACAAAGAAGGGAAGAAGCUGAAGCCCAAGCCCAAUUACAACAGUGUGGAUCUGUCUGAGGUGGAGUGGGAGGACACCGAAGACACCUUGAGGACCGCCAUGGUGAAGGGGGAGACAGGGACACUCUCUCUGGACGUGAGAGCCACAGUAGAUAAAGGGAGAAGAGUCGUGUUCCUGAAGAACGAAUACUUCUACACAACCAUCAACGAGACUCCUUUCAGUCUUGGCUUAGUGCUCACCAGAGGUCACGGGAAGUUCAUUUUCACGGGCAACAUUUCAGUGGAAGAAGGUUUGCAUGAUCUCAUCGCGUCUGACGUGACGUUAGCCAAUGAGUGGACGUACUGUGAGACCGACAUUGACCCUCACCACCGCAAACUCACGCAGUUACAGGCGGUCGUUCGGUACCUCACUGGCAAGGAGCCGGACCUGCAGUGCGAUGAGGUUCUCCUGAGGCAGACGCUGUUCGAUGCGGUGGUCACUGCGCCCAUGGAGGCGUACUGGACGGCCAUACUGCUCAAUGAAUCUGGCAUUGACGACGGAGUUGAGACGGCGUUCAUGGGCAGCCGCUCAGGCCUGAUGAGGAUGUUCAGAUAUGUGGGCGCUGAAAAACGAGCGGCAAAGAAAUUUCUGUCUGCAUCAGAUAAAGAUAAUCUUUUCACUCUGGACCACUUCCCGGUGUGGUACCGCCGUGCUGCAGAGAACCGCCCUGGUCGAUUCUUGUACUACGUUCCCAAAGAAGACAUGCGAGAUGUUUUCAGGGAACAUGAAUUGGACAUUAGCGCCUCCUCCGGGCCUCAGGAUCAUGAUCCAGAGUAUGAAGAUGACGGGAGAAUCUUGAUCGCCGCCACCUCUGUCACUGUGACACUUGGCCCGAGAACAGCUGUGGCUGGAGCUGUUGGGGUGCAGAUGUCUCUGGAUAUGUUGGAGAAGAGGUUUUGGGCCAUCACAGCUCAGCCCAACGAUACAGAUUGUGCAGGAGUAGAUGGUCUGUGUCCACUGAGCUGUUCUGACAAUAUGGACCUCAGCUGUUAUGUCAUUGACAGCAACGGCUUCAUCGUCAUCUCCAAACAAAGGAAUGAGGUUGGCAGAUUUUUUGGGGAAGUUGACGGGUCGGUGAUGUCUCAGCUGCUGCGGAUGGGCAUGUUUAAAAGGAUUUCUCUAUAUGAUUAUCAGGCCAUGUGUAAAGUGAAUCCACAUUCUGCCAGCAGCGCACGUCCACUUCUCAGCCCGUUUUACAACGUGAUGGCAGCCCUGAAGUGGUUUACAUCCAACGUCCUGUUAUUUCUACUGGACUUCAACGUCUAUGGAUUAUGGCAUUCAGAUCGUUUUGUUGAGGCUAAGGCCUCCUUUCAUGCAUCCAGUAAGAAGUCAAAGGGGGACAUCCUGCAGCCUUGCGACACAGAGUAUCCAAGCUUCGUCUACGAGCCGUCAAUCAAGGAGACCAACAGUGUCAUCAAGUGUGGGAGGUGUCAAAAGGUGUUUGUGAUUCAGCAGAUCCCUGACAGUAACCUGUUGCUGAUGGUGGUCCAGGCCGACUGCGACUGCUCUCGCCAGUACUCGCCCAUCACCAUGGAGCCCAGAGAGGUCAAAUAUAAUGCCUCAGUGAAGUGUGACCGGAUGAAAUCUCAGAAGAUCCGCAGGCGACCCGAGUCCUGUCACGCGUACCACCCUCAGGAAAACGCCAAAGACUGUGGAGGAGCAGCGGAGAUCCGGAUAUCGGCCAUCCUCUUCCUGACCUCACUGUUCGUCUCGACUCUUAUACACCGCUGACAUGGUCAACUAGAUCACGGUGACCCACCAGCCCAGGGUCUCACAGUGGAAGAGCUGCACAUAGGCAUGAUUCGCAUUUUCUUGGAUGUCACUUUAUUUGUUCUUUAAGAACUGACCUGGUGGCUUGGGGCUGAGAACAUCACUGUCUGAACAUCACCCGUUUUAUUUUUCUCCACUCACGCCCAAGAAGAAGACUCAGCUGGCAGUGUGCCGACACUUCGGCAUCACUGACGCGCUUCUUGGUCAUUUUCAUUUGAAUACAGUGAAUAGUUCAUUAUACAAAUAUACAGAUAUGAACUUUCAACCACGGGUUCCUGGACUCGACGGCUCAGAACCGGCUUUUAUACUGAGUGUCUUAACGAAAAACCGUGUUCUGUGUCUGAGACAGUGGACAUGCUGUGAAUAAUGUAUGACGUUUUCUUUAAACAUAGUGCAUAAUGAAAAGACUGAACUUGGCAUGAAGUCAGAAGCUCCCUGGACCUUUAAGUGCUUGUUGAAGAGACACCGGCCUUUAGAACGGCUUUGGCACCGGACAGAACGGGAAACCGGCAGAACACAGCACAACAGAGUGUAUGAAACAAGACAACAGGAAUAAAAAGCUGGUGGUUCAUCUGGUUUAUCUUCAGAAAUGGUCGAUUGUUGAACAUUCUUGAUGUUUUACGACUACAACUUAUCCACGGAACACUUUUCAAGGUUCUUCUAGGGUUCUUUAAUAAUAAAUGGUUCUUCAUACUGACUGAGAACGUGUCGUUUAUGGCUCUAAAUAGCAGCAUAAACUGCUCUUCUAUUACAAGCUUGACUUCAAACCAUAUUCAACACAUUCUCCAUGAGCCGUUUAUCCUCCAGAGAACCCUUUAA